AAAAAACAUGGAUGAUGAUCAAGAUUUCGAUCAAUCUUUAUGUGAAUGUAUAUUUUCACAUGAAUUUGCGAUGCGACGAUUAUUAAAUUUGCUUCGCAAUGGACAAUCAGCAUGCACGGAUAACGAAUGUACAGAUUUAGUUCGUCAUCAAAGUGGAUCAUCUUCAGCUACUGAUGAUGGUGUAAAUAAUUUUACAUUUUUAAUAUUUAUGCUGAUAGCUGCUGUGAUAUUAUAUUUAAUCAGACCCAAUUCUCUAAGACAACGAUCGACAGGAGAUACAAAUACAAAACAUUCUCGUGAUAAUGGUCCCAAUGAUGAAAAUGAUCCAAUGGUGAAUUGAUAAAAGCAGUGUUAUAUCGAAAAUGUGAUUUGAUAAUACAAAGGGCUACU